AUGGGUUUCGUGGCGGUGGCGCCAGCAUCGUUCGCCGGCAGCUGCCAUAACCUCGCCGUUCCAGAUAUUGCAAUCGCGCUUCCAAUAUCACUCCACAAGUACGCGUUUGGUUGGCGUUGUGGGAGUUCACACAACAGUAAUGCUGCACUCACCGGUGAAAUUGCAUCGUCAUCAAUCGACGCAGGAAACGUAACCGCUACUUCUUCUUCUUCCAAUAGCUACCCAAAGUACGAUCGAUUGCUUCCAUGUCCUAAACACAAAUUUCCCCCAAGAAUUGAACACUUAGUUGUUUCAGAAGGAGGACCUGUUUUAGAAUACAUUUGCAAAGCUUUGGAUCUUCCUCAUUUGUUUGUUGCAGAUCUGAUUCAAUUUGGAGCUGUGUAUUUCGCUCUUGUAUCUCCGGAGCCUCCUCCUACUGCUACUGCAGAGCAAAUUAGAAUUUUCAAAGAAGUAACAGAACCGUUGGUUCUGCAGAAAAGAGAUUCCAUCAAGGGAAAAACUAUAAGUGAAGCCCAGAAAACUUUCCGUGUUACUGAUGUGAAUCAGUUUGUUGAACCAGGAAGUUAUCUGCGAGUGCACGUGCACCCCAAGCGUUUUCCUAGAUGCUAUGAGAUUGACUGGAGAUCAAGGAUCAUAGCUCUGGAGGAAUCGUAUGUAGUUUUGGAUAAACCUGCUGGUACUUCAGUAGGUGAAACAAUCGGCAACAUUGAAGAAAGCUGUGCAAAUUUUGCAACUCGUGCCUUGGGAUUGACAACCCCUUUGAUGACUACCCAUCAGAUUGAUAACUGCACAGAAGGCUGCGUAGUAUUGGCUAGGAAUAAAGAGUAUUGCUCCAUCUUCCAUUCCAAAAUCCGGGAGAAAAAAGUGAAGAAGAUCUAUCUUGCUCUUGCAGCCUCUCCUUUACCAAUUGGAAUCAUUAAGCACUAUAUGCGUCCUAUUAACAUGGCUCCUCGACUUGUUUCUGAAGAUUUUAUCAAGGGAUGGCAUAUUUGUCAGCUUGAGGUUUUGGAAUGCAGAAAAAUUCCCUGGCCGACUAUUGUUGUUCAAGAUGAAUAUUGUGUUGAAGACUGUGGGUGGCCUUCUCAAGAUUACGGGUACGAGUGCAAAAUCAACCUUCUUACUGGUCGAACUCAUCAGAUCCGAGCUCAAUUUGCUGCUUGUAAGGCACCAAUAAUUGGCGAUUCUAUGUAUAUGCAUGCUGCAAUUGCAGAGAUGUCUAACCCUGGACUUAAUCCAUUUGGAAAAUACAAGAGAGAUUUCAUUAGUGAGAGUGAAAAAGAAACAGCUGAAAUAAAUUGGAUCACACAACAUGGUAAAGAGCCUAGGGUUGCAAUUGGCCUUCAAGCUUGUCAAAUUUCAUGGGAUGAUGAUGAACACAUUUACAAAGCCGGUUUGCCUUGGUGGAGGUGUUAA